GGUAAAAGCACCAAAAAACAGUCGACAAGACCCAUUAUAAGCGCCAGCAUCAUGGGAGCCAAAGCACAAAUCCUUAGAGAUAUCCGGAAGAGACUAUCCGCAGAGCAAAUGGAAGUCCAAAGACGAGCUUUCCUCUACGUCGCCCGUAAUACAACAUUGCCUGCCACUGUUCGCCACAAAGCGCAACUGGGCCUUAACACACUGAACGGAGGAGAAGGGCGGAUGGGAGCAGUGAAAAACAGAUGUUGGGAGACAGGACGGGGAAGGGGUGUGAUAUCCAAGUUUGGUCUUUGUCGAUUCCAAUUCCGAACAAAAGCUCUCAGUGGAGAACUUCCAGGUGUUCAUAAAGCAAGCUGGUAGAAACGACGGUGUUAAUCAUGUAUCCCUACAUCCCACGCCUCCCCAUAUUUUUGGUGAUGUUUUCCCCGACGAACGAUGAACUUUGGUCAUGGAAGAACGAAAUCAAAACGAACGCUAUCAAUGGUCUAAUUUUAUUUACAAAUUAUCUUCCUAAGCUCAAUACAAAGUUUUGACAAUAGAGAUCGCCGCUGUCACAGUGAUACUGAUUAACGGUGUAAGAAUGUAGGAAAUCACCAAAGUUUUGGUGACGACAGCGGUUGUGUCUUCUCCUGCAUCAGACCUGCCAAAUUAGUUCAUGUUCUUUUGGCAGAACUUACAUUGCUACUAUCUAGAACCCGACAUAUGUGUCAACGCGGGGGGGCCCACUGGGCUUACAAUCAUCACGAAAUCCUGUUGGGAGUAUGGGAUCCUGGAUGAUCUUGGAGCCAAUAAUCCUACGUACACCCCACACGAUAGUAGAAGAGAUAGCCGGCAUGAUGAGGAAUCGAAAGGCGUAAAGGUAGCAUAGAGCGAAAAUGGGAGGCCGGGGACCAUUUUUCGAUCUCAGAUGCGCCCCCAGCACAAACAUUUGCAGUGCCGGGUAUAGAUUGCCCAAGUUUUCUAUCGAUCGUGUGAAUCUAGAGGUAUCAGUCAGUAUGAGUAGUAAUGGGAAAGACUCCUACUUGCGAUGACAGUGCUCCUUGAUCGCCAUAGAACCAUUUAUGUAGGAAGGGAAUGAUUCCCGUCACUAUGGCCGCUGCACCCCCAUACAUCGGAGGGUUCAUGAAGCCAUCCAAGCGUCUGAGAAUUGUCUUGGCGGCUUUGGGAGCCCUUCUAAUGUCAUUUUCCGCUCUUGCUAGCAAAGGGGACGAUUCUGUGCUCGGGUGAUCGACAUCGUUGUAUGGAUGGGCCUCUGAGUACUCUGGAUACGGUUCGGAUUC